UGAGUUUAUUUAUUUUGAUUUUGUAGAUCAAGAAAACUCGAGUUUUUGAGUUUUUCACAAUUGAUCUUUAUUUUAUGCUUUGAAACUAACUUAAAAUACCCAGUAAAUGUAUUUUUGACAAAAUAAAAUAGUGUAAAAAUGCUAAAAUGUUAACUUAGUAUUCUCAAAAUAGUAUCAUUGAGUCUUCUUAUUCUUUUUUGAUUUUAAAAACUGCUCAUAUUGAACAACCAUGUCUGAGAGCCUCACAUCGUUGUGUUCUGUUCUCAUCAGAGAAUAUUUUGGAGACAUCGUCCAAAAAGUUGGGUAUUUCAUUAUGAAGCAAGUAUCUGCAUGCCCUCUUUUUGCGAUUAUCAGAGGUACCUCUCUUCCUCCGGAAAAAGUGAAGUCUUCCUUGUGUGUACUCAUCCAACACCACCUGUGCACUUUUGAACAGGAUGAGCGGGGAUUGGUGGAGUACGACGUCCGUCCACAGAAUGUGCUGACGCUUCUGCACUAUGAACGAUAUGCAUACUGUGCUCGCAUUCUGUACGGAGAUCCGUCGGAUCUACUGGUAGAGGAGAUUUUAAACCAUGGCCGACUGACAAUGAGUGACACUGUACAGAGAGUGGCAGAACGAUUGCAGGACAUCAAAGAGGCUACAGACGUUGAUUUCUCCGUUUCCUCGAUUGGGGAUCGCUUUGUUCGUCUGGUUGAAGGCCAUUUCUUGGUCCGCUGCCCAUAUCCUCGGCCCUCUGAUGAAACACGAGCGCCCCUGCUUUCCAUUCCUGAGCGAGAAAUGUACCUUGUGCCACAGAUUCGAGAUUGGUCCUUCAUCACUGUGGGAGGUCCUUCGACAGAUGAGCCAUCCACAAAGAGACAGAAGACAGAGCACCCUGACUGUGGCAUCUACUGGAAAGUAAACCAUAACAGAUUCAAACAAUACUUCAGAGACGAUGCCAUCAUCAGUGCUUGCUCCAACCAACUUGACGAGAAGGCUUCCGAGAUCUUGAAGACGAUGCUGGAAUUGUCAGAGCAGAAGGAGCACCCGCGGAGCACAACCUCCUUUCCUGUCCCCCACUAUGAAAUACUUCAGAAGACCAAGAUGAAAUCUCAGGAACUGGACGCAUAUUUAGCCGUUCUGUCGGAGGGCGAUGCAAGCUUUGUUUCCAAAGCGGAUGACCGUGGUGGGGGCAUGUUUGUUGUCAACAUUCUAAAAGUGUUGCAGAGGCUGGUGGAGGCAAUGGUAUCAUCUGUCAUUCAGGACAGAUUUGGGUCAAAGUGUGCCAGAAUUUUCAGGAUCCUAUUGGCCAAGAAAGCCUUGGAGCCAAAACAGAUUGAAGAGCUUGCCAUGUUGCACCCCAAGGACUCAAAGGAAUACAUCUACCGAAUGUUUGAGGAGAAUUUUAUCCUCUCCCACGAUGUACCUAAGGGUUCAGAUUUUUCCCAUGGACAUACUUUCUAUUUGUUACGUAUUGACCUGAUUCAGGUGUGCCGAAUGCUCCUGGAGAGGUGUUACCAGGCAUUGUACAAUCUUCUCACGUGUAGUGAGUUGCAGCAGCAAGAGAACAGGAGGCUUCUGGAAAAGAAAGAGCGCAUUGAUGCCAUCGUUGCCUCCCUCAAACAGUCUGGGGCUGAGGAGGAGCAGAUACGGGAGGUACAGAACAUCCUUACUCCACCUGAAGAGGCUGUCAUCACCAAAGUAACAGAAGUGACCCAAAAGAUUGACUCUAGCCAGAUUCAAAUCUCAGAAAUGCUUCUCACCCUUUCCAUUUGGCUGGACUACUGCAGCCUUAAAUGAAACAGACUGUUCUCGGUUCUGCCAUUAUGUUCCUCUUACACUGUAAAUAUUGAUUCUGAA